AGAUUCACUGCCAUUUUCCCUCGCAUCCCGCGGGAUACGCUGUGAUCAUUUCAAUUCCCGCUACCCAAUCAGUCUCUCUCUUUCUGUCCUUCUCUGCCUGAAAAAUCCUCGCCUUCCUUCCUUUUCCGCACGGCAUUUGGACGUCAAAUCGAAUCAAGUCGAGACUCGAGUCGCAUUCCCCUGCUCGCGGCCUCUAAACAAGCCGAGAUAGGAGGAAGGAAGUCGAACGGAGGAAAUCUCGCGUUAGAGAAUCCCAUCCUUCGGUCCCGCGAUCGAUUUCUAGCAACUUUCUCUUUUCUUUACGAGCUUCCUGGUGGAUUUCGAUCGAAUUCGAGUCGGUUGGUACGUGAGAUUAAUCUCUGUUCUUGGAAUUAUCGGAGCAUCAGUUCGUUUUGAUUUGGGGAAAUCAAAACUGUUUCAUUCGAUUUCUUCCGCUAUCUUGUUACCACAAAGAGCUCAGAAAAAAGUAUAAAUUCUAGGGUUUUUCUUUGUGACGGAUCAGUCCUUGUGCAUGACACGCAGCCGUAUUGUGAUCGAUCGAUUCGCCAGCAAUGGUUGAUUGCCGGAGCCUGAUCGAGUUCUGCAGAGCUUACCAGCAGCGCCGGAUCAUGGCGGCGGACUCCAACAACCAAAACCACCCCCUCACGAAGGGGAGCAAGCCCUCGAACCCUCUGUCCCAUCCUUUCUGCGAGCACUCGGUUUUCUCUGUCAUCGACGUCGUGAUGCUGCUCCUGGUUCUCGUCGCCCUCGGUGUUCUCACCCUCCCAUGCUUCAAGUUUAUCUUCCAUGGAGCCUCCGAGCUCGUGCCCGUAACCUAUGACCUCAUCGGCGAUGUCAUUUAUCACGCCCCGGUCGCGUAUGCUGCCGCAUUCGUUCUGAUGCUCGUCACUGCGCUCGCCGUGUGGGAGAUUUUGUUCAAGUCGAGGAAAUGUGGGAACCCAUACUGCAAAGGUCUCCGCAAGGCAGCUGAAUUCGACAUCCAGCUCGAGUCGGAGAAGUGUGUGAAAUGCUUGCCGCCUGCGAUGGAGGAGGUGUUGCGGGGCCGCCCGUUGGAUCUCGGAGAGGAUCACAAGGAAUUGGAAGCUGAGCUCAAGAAGAUGGCGCCCACGAAUGGCCGUACUGUUCUUAUUCUUCGCGCACCUUGUGGAUGCCCGGAGGGCAGAAUGGAAGUUUGGGGGCCUAAGAAAGUUCGUAGAAUUAAGAAGUAGCCCGUCUUACAUUUCUUGUUUACUGUUAUUUGGUUCUUUCAUAGUAAUAAGCUGUGAACCCUGGAUUAUAAUAAUAUGCCAGUCGUUUAUAACUCAUAUUCCUUCAUGUUGAAUUUG